AUGACGACAUCCAACAAUCCUCUUAGUAAAAAUCAUUAUGAUCGAUAUCUUUCACCACAUUUCCUAUUUGUCGUUUCUUUUGUUGAUGUUGAUCGUCUUACGUCUUAUUAUUAUUAUGAUGAUGCCCUGACACUUAUUGUUAUUAUUGUGAUGAUGCCGCACGGUCAAGUUAUUAUUUAUGCCACACGUCUUACGUCUUAUUAUUAUUAUGAACACGUCAAGUUAUUAUUAGAGAACGAGGAAAAUAAUAUUAAACGUGUUUGUGGAGAGAAAAUUGACAAGGAGGAGGGUAAUGUUGGAG